UUAUCUCCGGUAUUUUUCCAAACCGGUGUGCUUCGAAAAAGUCUGAUAGCCACGUCCCUCUCGUUCAUACUAUCUACACGUACAAGUACAGCCAAAUCAAAGGUGGCUUGCUUGAACGCACUCUUCUCUACAAAACCAUCGCCUCCAACCAAAAUCCCCCCAACUCCUCCUAUUGUUGUAUCACAAAAUCCAAUUAGAUUUUUUCUUUAUUCAUUUCUACAAAUACCCAUUUCUAAUUGGGAUCGGAUCUUCUAUUUUUUUUUCACCACUAUUCUUUCUCUAACUUCGUUCAGUACUUCGAUCAAACAUUUAGAAGGCAAUCAAAACAUGAAGACAAAAACAAAUAACAGAAACAAAUUCAUAAGAAUUAUUACAACACCCUUUAGAGCUUUGGGCAAAGCAAGGGACUUAUACGUACGGAGCAUGAAUUCAGCUGAGAAACUCAGCUACGCCAGCACCAUGGGUGGCCCAGCAGGCCAAUUCAACGCCCUGCCUAAGAGUUUCAGCGUCAGGUCGUCGAGGUCAAACGACACCAACGACGACGACUACGCGGAGCUCAUUAGAGCAGCUUCCGCCAGGAGUUACGGCGGCAGAAUUGACAUGGAUGCGAUUCUACGACAACAGUUGAGAGAAGAGGCAGCGAAAACGAAACCUUCUACUGCACCAACGACGACGACGGGAGUUAGGGGUUUGCCCAAGUGUGGCAGCGUAGGAAUGGGCAAAAUCGACGAAGAAAAAGCUGUUGAGUUCGGGGAAGACGGAACUGGUGAUAGUGACGCUAAGCCUGAAUUGCUGUACCCGAGAAGCAGAAGCUACGCCGUCGCUAAAAGAGGUCUUGUGUACUGAAUAUUGAUCCCUUGAUUAUUUCCUGAAAUGAAAUGGAAUAUUCAAAGCUUGCUUUAGUAAUUUUUUUUAUUUAAUGAAAAAAAUUGAAAGAAAAAAGUGCAAAUCCUUUUUAUUAUAUACAUUUUUAAGAUAUAUAAAUAUUUUGGGAUGUCAUUGCUUUUUAGUGAGCAAGACUACAAGUUAUGAUACUUUUCAAUCCGUUUCUUGUGUCCUUAAUUAGUUCUGUGAUUGUGUUCUUUGAAAGUUUGUAAAAAGAUUAUCGUCCUAUUUGAUAUUA